AUGGUCGCCCUGAGAAAGUUUGUCCAAGCUGUUGUCUUGCUUUUCUCCGAUGAGCACCUCCGCGCUCCCACUGUAGAGGAUACUGCUCGACUAUUAGCUAUUGGCGAGCAGAGAGGGUUCCCCGGGAUGCUGGGGAACAUCGACUGCAUGCAUUGGGUUUGGAAGAACUGCCCGAAACAUGCUUUCUUUGGAAUGUCUGGUAGUCUGAACGAUAUAAAUGUUUUGCACCGCUCGAACAUUUUCAGCAGGCUCACGGACGGGAUUGCGCCUCCUGUGUCAUAUAUCGUUAACAGUAACACAUAUGACAUGGGCUACUACCUAGGAGAUGGAAUUUACCCCGAAUGGGUGACCAUAGUGAAGCCAAUUUCAGCACCAAGAGAGAACAAGAGCGUGCAUUUCUCCGCCAUGCAAGCAGCAGUCCGAAAAGAUGUGGAACGCACAUUUGGUGUCCUGCAGUCGAGGUUCACCAUAAUUCGUGGCCCAACAAGAGUUUGGGAUCAAAGCACGCUGCACAACAUUAUGAUCACAUGUGUCAUAAUGCAUAAUAUGAUCAUUGAGGACGAGAGGGGUGGCGCCGAUGUGGAAGAGGUGUACGACUAUAUGGGUGAGAAAGCGAUAGUGCAUCACGAUCCAGACCAACCCAUCCUCCAGUACGUCGAAGUCACUGAAGCAAUCAGGAACCAAGCAUUGCACCACCAAUUGCGUGAUGACCUGGUGGAGCACCUAUGGAGUCGUCAUGGAGCACAGUAG